UAGAAUCAUGUCUAUGGAAAAUGUCGAUGAUAUAUCAAAUAUGCAACGCGAUUUUGCCGAUGUUGAUAUAAAUAAUGGUGGCGAUUCGAACAAUGAAGAGGAGCAAGACGAAGAAGAAGUACCAUCUCCGGCCUCAAAUAAUAAUGGUUUAAAUCAAUCUUCAAUACAUCGUCGCAUCUCAUCAAGUAACAUGCAAGAUGUUUUGUCGGAUAAUGGUGAUUACUUUAUAGAAAUUACUGUAUCAGAACCACAAAAAGUUGGUGAUGGUAUGGGUUCAUAUUUGACAUACAAGGUUACAACAAAAACCAACAUUCCUAAAUUUAAACGUACUGAAUUUAGUACAUUAAGACGAUUUAGUGACUUUCUGGGUAUACAUUCGCUGCUGGCUAGCAAGUAUAUAAAAUUAGGCAAAAUUGUACCACCGGCUCCUUCGAAAAAUAUUUUUGGCACAACAAAAGUUAAAAUAAGUCCCCAACAAAAUGAACCUGGCAAUGGAUCAAAUGUUGAAUGGGUGGAACAGCGUAGAGCCGCACUAGAACGUUACAUAAACCGCACUGCCCAACAUCCAGUACUGAGGGUUGAUUUGGAUUUCAUUAACUUUUUAGAAAGUGAUCAGGAAUUACCUCGUGCUGUUAACACUGCUGCCUUAAGUGGUGCUGCUGUGGUGCGUCUAUUCAAUAAAGUUGGUGAGACUGUUAAUAAAAUAACAUAUAAAAUGGAUGAAAAUGAUCCAUGGUUUGAUGACAAAAUAACCGAAGUCGAAAAUCUUGAUAAUAAUCUACAAAAAUUACAUUCCGCUUUAAAAUCUUUGGUUACCACGCGCAAAGAACUUGCCAAUCUUACCGGUUUGGUGGCAAAAUCAGCUGCCAUGCUAAGCACUUGCGAGGAACAUACUGGUCUCUCGAGAGCCUUAUCAUCCUUGGCCGAUGUUGAAGAGAAAAUUGAAAUUUUACGUUCGGAACAAUCAAAUUCCGAUUAUUAUAUUAUGUCGGAAUUCAUAAAAGAUUAUUUGGGUCUGUUUGUGGCAAUUAAAUCGGUUUUCCAUGAACGUGUUAAAGUUUUUCAAAACUGGCAACAUGCACAAAUGCAAUUAUCAAAACGACGUGAAAAUCGUGGUCGUUAUGAGCUAAAUAAUCGUGCCGAUAAAUUGGAACAAGCACAUCAGGAAGUAGAGGAGUGGCAAGUUAAAGUCCAAAGAUGUCAACAACAAUUUGAAGAAAUUUCAACUGAAAUUAAGAAAGAAAUGGAACGUUUUGAAUUAAAUCGAAUAAAAGAUUUCAAGGCAAAUAUUGUAAAAUAUUUGGAAGAUCAAAUGGCCCAUCAACAACAGAUAAUAAGCUAUUGGGAAUCAUUUGUGCCAAGUGCCCGUGAGAUUGUUUAAAAAAAGA